AUGCGGUGGGUUUUAUUUUUAUUCACUGGAGCCCUCGCUAACGAACUUAUUACGCUCUCUCCUUCCUCAGCACCAGCAACUGUUGCCAAUCAAAAUUCAGGCUCUGGUGAACAGGAAGAAACCGACUUAUUUAUAGGAGACGCCCUCAUUUGUAACAAGGAAGAGUGCUAUCCUAAGAUUUUUGAGCCCAAGACAUUUUGGCAAGAAGUCAGACCUGCUCAGCAUAUUCCAGCAGGGUUGGACAUCCGGAUGGAUUUUGAUACAGGGAUACGUGAAGCAAAAAUAGGCUCACCCCAGAACGCCGAAACUUCCUCUUCAGUGAAUAUUAUGGGGCCACAAUCAGAGAGCUCGUUGGACAUUCAGGCAAGCUACGAGUUUAGUAAAGAUUUCGAGAAGAUUCGGCAUUCUAUCAGAUCUCUUGACUAUACACAAGUGGAUCAAAUUUUGGAUGAGCUACUAGAGUUCUCUCAUGAUUACAAGCACGGGUUCAAGAUUGUUUCGCAUGAGUUCUCAUUACUGAAAUCUUUGAUUUUUGAUCAGGAAGUCCCACUGACAACGAGGCAAAUAGCAUCGACAAUGCUCACGGGAUGUUUGCGUAACAAUCCACCAGCUACACUGCAUAUAUAUGAAGCAGACCCUCAAUUUACCCAGCAAAUCUUCCAAGAACUUGCGAAGUUGACCAAUAACCCACCUUCUCCACAACUAAAUGUACUGGUGAAGAGGUACCUAUCGAUUUUACAAGCUAUGCUUGAUAAAACCCUGGAUCUCGAUGAAGCUGUGCUGCUGAAGCUGUGCCAGUGGGGCGAUGACCAAGUGAAGAGAAGAGCCCUUGAGGUCGUAUCACGCUCUUUCCAAGAUCAUGAAUCUGGUUCACUCCAGAAAAGAACAGAAUCGAUUCACAACGUUCAAACGUGGGUGGAUGAGUUUUCUUCAGGGCUACAGGAUGAAAAUGUUGAUGAGUUACACAUCAGAAAUUUCUUCAACAGUUUGUACAAUAUCAAGAGAGACUUUGGCAAAAACGUGAAGGUCGACUCGCAUUUUCUAAACUGGCUAAGCACAGAAGCAGAUCUGAGACAGGCGCGUUUGCAUAACGGCUUAAAAGAGAGAGACCUUGAGCAAGACGAAUUCGAUCAAAGGUUGAUAGAUAGUAGGCACCUGGUAUUCGGCAACCCGAUGGCACAUCGUAUCAAGAGGUUCCACGACGAGCUGUAA